UCCUCACACAACCCAGUUUCUGCCCCCCCCCCUUCUCUAAGCCAGCUGGUCUGGCUUAAUAUCACUUAUUCCUUUCUUUCUUUCUUUCUUUCUUUCUUCCUGUCGCUCUCUUGUUUUUUACAAAGGAAUCUUUUCUUGUUUGACACAAGGAUCCUCUGAGCUGCUGCUGGGGGCUUCCAGGUGAAGACGGACCAGCAGAGCGCGGUGCCCGUUGACGCGCACGAGGAGCGCGCGUGCUGCACGAGACUGAACCGCUGGCCGGAGACGCGCAGAGGACGGUCACGCGCAGAGGAGACGGAGAGUUUUCUGGGAUUGAAAAGUGAAAAACCAUCACACUAAAAGAAGAAGAAGAAGAAGAAGAAGAAGAAGAAGAAGAAGAAGAAGAAGAAGAAGAAGAAGAAGAAGAAAAGAUGGGGAGAAAAAAAAUCCAGAUAGCUCGGAUUAUGGACGAACGGAACCGACAUGUGACGUUCACCAAGCGUAAGUUCGGGCUGAUGAAGAAGGCGUACGAGCUGAGCGUGCUGUGUGACUGUGAAAUCGCCCUCAUCGUGUUCAACAGCACCAACAAGCUGUUCCAGUACGCCAGCACCGACAUGGACAAAGUGCUCCUGAAGUACACCGAGUACAACGAGCCGCACGAGAGCCGCACCAACAACGACAUCGUGGAGACGCUGCGUAAGAAGGGCCUGGGUGGCGGCGACAGCCCCGACCUGGAGGCCGAGGACUCGACGGGUCAGAGCCCCGAGUCGGACGACAAGUACCGCAAGAUCACGGAGGACAUCGACCUGAUGAUCAACCGGCAGCGCAUCUGUGGCCUGGUCCCCUCCAGCUACGACCUCCCGGCCUCCAGCCCCAGUGGGCUGCUGUAUGCUGGCUGCGGGAUGGGAACCCACAACCUGCUGCCGGCCGCCCACCUGCAGAGGAGCCUGUCCCCUCAGAGGCCCAACAGCACCGGAAUGAUGAACUCUGAGCUGCAGACGACGGGCAGCAGCUACAGCCUCCUCGGCUCCUCCCCCGGCCUCAUGUCUCCAGGGGCCUCCAGGACCCUGCAGGACAAGAGUUCUCCUCCGUUGGGCCGGAAGCCAGACCUGCGGACCCUGAUGCCCCCCAACAACAACAACAACAACAACAAGUGCAACACCCUGCCCUCCAUCGUGAGUUAGCUCCGCCCCCUGGACUAAGGUCUAACAAGACCAGUACAGAGAUGAGUCCUCUAUCAGCACUAAGGUCUAACAAGACC